AUGUGGACACACCAGUGGCUGCUGCUGCUGCUGCUGCUGCUGCUGCUUUCCACUCUGACGCUCCUGGCCAAUGGGUAUCAUAAUGAGCCGUGCUCCAAGUACGGAUGCCCGCUUGCGCCGCCGAUCCAGGUUUCGUUCGUCCCUGCACCACCUGGCCACACGCCAAGAUGCGCCAAGCCAGGACUAACCUUUUGCGAGUCCUUAGAUAUAUAUCCGCAGCAACUUAUCAAGUUCCUCAUCGACAAGGGCACAGUCGAUUACGAAAAGUUUCUCAGAGACGAAUCCCUCGACAACUUCGAUGCAAACAGGAAGGAGCCGGAGGACGAUUAUGGAUAUGACUAUCCAAAACCCAAGCUUCCCUCGGAGCUCUACCCGCCGACAACGUCGCCCCUAUCCUACACACAAAAUCCAACGCGACUUUAUAAUCUGCCGCCGUUCAAUGCCACACACAACAGAUAUCUACCCCCGCCAAAUACCAAUCCGUACAGCACGCAGAGCGCAACGCUCAACGUUCGUCAAAGUUUCGGCUAUCAUCGCUCGACGAGCGGUCAGCUUCAGCAUCCACGGUAUCAAAAUCCCGAACCCUUAAUCCCGGAACUCGGCUCGUGGAACCACAGGAGCUCCAGAGCGGGACAACAUCGUCUGGGCCAGACCAGCUACCGGAAUCCGCUACUCGAGUUCGUGGCGGCGGGCAAUCGGGCCAAGAGACAGUCGGACCCCGACACCGUCUCAAUAUGCUCGUCGCGGCCGCAGUUCAUCACACCCAAGGCCGCCCUCAACAAUCAGGGGAACUGGAUGUUCGUGGUGAACCUCGAGGAGCAGACGAAAUACUCGCAGCUCGUCCGAAGUGAAAUCUGCACGAGUGACACGUGCGAUGGCCUCUGCUCUCUGCCUCUCGGCUACACGAGCAAAUGCCAGCAGCAGUAUGUACAGAAGCGACUGGUGGCCCUGGAGGGGAGCGGCAAUCGACUCUACACCGACGUCUUCUGGUUUCCACACGGCUGCAUGUGUCAGGUGACGCUGGAUUAUUAAAACAUUGGCCGAGCUGCCCUGAGCG